UCAUCUGUAUUUUAAAGCAGCGUUUUCAAAUUCAAAUUAAGACUUUCAAUGUAAAAUCCUUAUAAAAAUCCGUGUACGUCAUAAAAUCAGAGCUAAAUAUGAGUUUAUACAAACUGAUCACGGUUAGUUUUGGACCUUGAACAACUGACUUACUAAACCAAUUGCUAAUAAUAACAAGGCCAAACAAUAAUUUGUCCUAAAAAUAUUUUCAUCUUAAAAUCUUGAAUAUUGGCAAGCAGUGUACUACCUUUAACAGUUUAAAGUAUAAAUAUUUUCAUUUCUGAUUAUUUACCUUAGACACUUGACACAAACAUUUAAUAACUUCAACAAAAAUAAAACAAGACCCAAUCCUACAUAGGAUUAAAGAAAGGAUAUUUAAGUCAACUUGGAAGUAAAGGAUAGACAGAUAUAGGAAAUACACGUGUAUUCUCAUAACAAUGUUUUUGACAGAGGAUAGCAGAAUUUUUUUUUUCUUCUAAAUUCUUCUUUUUACAGUUGAGACGCUACAGAACAUUGUCGUUCAAAGGAAUGAAUUAUAUCAAUUUGAAAAAUUCAAAGGACAAGUAUUUAUGAUGGAAAUUUGACACCAUUUUAUUUGUGAAAGAAGACAUAUCAGACGUGUGUGAAAAACAUUAAAACAAACAGCAACAAACUUUGAAGAAAUCUAGCAUAGUGUCACAUAUUGACAUUCAAGAAGUGCGAAAAUCAUGUCAGAUGAAGAGAACAUUGAAAAAGAAGCGAAAUAUCACGGAAAAUUCCGUCGGCAUUCAACAGCCGUGUUUUCAGGGAAAAUGAAUGGACUAAACGGGGUUCACCGAAGGCCGCUAGAGUUGUACUUAAUCAGGAUUAACCCGGCCUGUCGGAUUGUCUGGUUUUACUUAUUACAGCAUAAUAUUCCCCACAUAUUAAUAGACGUGGAUUUCUCAAAAGGGGAAUCUAACUUACCAGAAUCACUACGCAAACAUCCACACAGAGAAGUGCCUGUACUUAUAGAUGGAGAAUUCGUCAUUUUUGAAGCGCCUGCUAUCUUGACAUACCUGGCAACAAAUUACACAGAUUAUGGUGGAUAUGGUUUAACCUUGCAGAACCGACUGCUCACAGAGUCUCUCCUCAGCUGGGCAAACGCAGAACUACACAGAGCUGUUGGCCACAACUACAUCUACCCACAAUUCCUGGAACAGUACGCACUUCCGUCGGAAACGGCUAAUGAAGCUCUUGUAGAAUAUGGACUAAAAUUACUGAGUCGUCAACUGGAAAUUCUUGAGAAAAAGUAUCUAGAAAAAUCACAGUUUCUUACAGGCAAUAGAAUCACAGUGGCCGAUUCAUUUGUUGCGACUAUUUUAUUACAAGCAGAAUGGUCCGGCACGAAAUUCACGAUGUGGCCUCGUGUUGAAAAGUGGUUAUCACGUGUUAAAAAUCAAGUGCACUGGGACACAGUUCAUCUGUCACAUACGAUGUAUUUAAAAGAGUUGGAGCGAUGUGCACUCUUUGAUUAAAAUGAAACAUACUGCAGUUUCUUCUCAUAAUUAAAUGGUUACUAAUAUGUAACUGUUUUCCAUAACAGAUAUGUGAAAAGUCCAAAAAUCUUUAAUCCUACAUCUGUGCCUCAUUUUUCGGACUCUUUAUGUUAUUUAUGCGUAUUUGAGAAAUGCCAAAAAAUUUCGGAUAAGUGACAUGAUCGCAGAUACAGAAAACUGUCAUUCAUGUGACUUAACCAUUUCAUUGAUGGUUUAUAUGUUCCAAUCUUGCCUUCAAAGAUCAGUUCGAUUGUUUGUUCAGUGUCUUAUUUGUUUGAUCUUUGCCUGUAUCACUUUUUAUGACGAUGUGCUUUAAAGACGACUCGGUGAAUCUCCGUUUGAUAUACUAUUAUUCAUGACUGCACAAAACCAAAUGCCACAUGUCAUAUGACCGCCUGUUACCAUAUUCAGCAUUUUUGCUAUAUAAUUAAUAGUUAACCAUUUCAGUUAGUGUAAAAUUACUUGAAUAUUUCUAAAUUGUUACAAAAGAUAAGUUUAAACUUUAUACGUUUUCCGGUAUAAUGAAAUAAACACCACGUGCCGGUGAGAAUAAAAUGACUAUUAUCAACCCUCGAAACGGGAUAUCACUCUCUCCGCCGCCUCGAGUUGAUAUUCUCUCCACCGCCUUGGGUGAUAUUUCCUGGACAUCACACUCUCCACCGCCUCGGGCGAUAUUCUCUCCACCGCCUCGGGUGAUAUUCCCUGGAUAUCACUCUCUCCACCGCCUCGGGUGAUAGUCCGUUUCUGGGGUUGACAAUACUUAUAUCAGUCUCACUAGAAUCUGAUAUUUAUAUAUUAUACUGUAUUUUGAAAGGAUUAAUCUAUCAAAUGUAUAGCCUAAGUCUGUUAUUUAUUUGUAAAUGUAUACAUGUAAUAACAUUAUAUAGUAAAUAAUGAAAUGAUUUUUAUGCAUAUUGUAUUCAUAUUUUUGUUUAUACUUAAACAACAACAAAAAUCUCUAGAACUGUAUAAAUUAAAGGGUUAUUCAAUA